CGGACUCAGCCAUGCACCUUAGUCACUUGACCACGGGAGAAGCUGAACAAAUAUCUGACAUUUUAGUGAAUUUCCUCAAAAAUGGGGAUAUUCUCCGCCGCUACGCCAUUCGACCAGGUUGUGGAUCGUGCAACUAGCGAGAAACAACACUCCGAUGACUGGAGUCAGAUAAUGGACAUAUGCGAUAAGGUCAAAGAAAGUACUGUGGGCCCCAAAGAUUGCCUUAAGGCCUCUAGACUAGCCUCGACCAACCCCAGAAUUGUCCUUCAGGCGAUAACGCUCCUCGAUGCCUGUAUCAGCAACUGUGGCCGCAAGUUCCUGCUAGAGGUCGCAAGCAGAGACUUUGAGCAAGAGUUACGCAAGCACAUGACCAGCCCUCGUACACAUCACAAGUUCUCUCAGGUUUCAGAAAGACUGCGGCAAAGCUUAAAGAAAUGGGCCGAGGGUGACUUCAAGGGCGACCCACAGCUUAGUCUCAUUCCAGCGCUCUACGCCAAGCUUAAGCAGGAGGGUUAUGACUUCAACGUCCACUCGGAAUCGCCGAAGAAAACUCCACCAAAAUACAGUACUGACCCCAAUGUAGUUGAGAGUAAACAAGAGGACGAUAGCAGGGCCAUACAGCUGUCACUCCAGGACAACGGGACCACCAAGACCCCCCCCGGCUCCCAGUCCUCGUCCCGGCCAGCCUCCACCGGCCUCUAUUCCUCGGCCUCGGCUGCCCUCUCCGGCGAUGUGGAUCCCUCGGCCGCAAAGGAGACUCAGAAGGGGCGUCACGACUUUGAGGCGGUCGAGGAUAACGAGCUGACUUUUAAGGCCGGAGAAAUAGUCGUGGUACAGGACAGCAGCGAUCCCAAUUGGUGGAAGGGGACCAAUCACAGAGGAGAGGGUCUCUUCCCCGCAAAUUUCGUCACCUUAGACUUGGCACCCGAUCCUGAGCCCUCUUCAGGUAUGGAGGGCGGCAAGAGGGUGUCGUUUUCUGAGAACGUGCAGGUGACGGAGGUAGAGGAGGCGGGGAGGGAGGAGGCAAAGACACCACAGGUCACCGGAGAGAUCGACGAAGAGAUAAUCGAUACACUCCUCCACGUCCUGCAACCCGAUCCUACCGGCGAACGACCCGACCACCAUAUUGAGCAAGUCAACGCCAUGGCCCCAACGACUGACUCGGAGCUCGAACAGAUCGACAGGAAACACGCCCAGUUGGCUCGCCUCAGCACCGACCUUGUUGAUGCUCUCGGCCUUUACCACCAGUUGAUGCGAGAUCUAUCUCCUGGUCUGCCGGGUCACUACCACCUCAUAAAGCCCCCAGGUCCCCAGUCUGCACCUGUACCUGGCUUCCCUCCAUCAGCAGGACCUGGUCUCCCCCCACAGGCAUAUGGUGCUCCUGGCCAGUUCAUGCCCUAUAUGCCACACCCAUCUCAAGCAGGUGUCGCGGGGCCACCAAUGCCCUACCCAAAUAUGCUACCAUCGACUAUGCCCGGAGCAGCACCAGGCAUGCCCCCUAACCUGGGCCAGCCUCUACAUAUCCCGGCUAUGCCCGGACCUCAAGUGCCUAUGGGUCAAACGAUACCCCAACCCGGCGAGUACCCACAGAUGCCACCAAAUAGCCACGACGGAUCGGCGGGUAAUAUCGUCCCCGGGUAUGGCCAUUUCCCACCAAGUCAGUAUGGCCCAUCGGCUCACCCCAGUGGCCCACCGGAUCCUGCUAAUGUCCCUCCGAAUGUAUACCCUGUUUGUCGUAAGGUCCAACAGCCUCUGCUAGGUAUUUGCCACAACGUAAACACAACUACCCUGAAGAGAAGGAAAUGUGGUAGAUGGGGCAUUUUGUCUUCACCCCCUUUGGCUUCACCCCCUUUGUCUUCACCCCCUUUGGCUUCACCCCCUUUGGCUUCAGCUAGAGUAAAGUCAAAUAGUAGGCCUUUCAACCUUACCUGCGGGGGGGAUAUAUUUGUUAAGUGACAGGUAGAGAUUUUUGUUUUUAGGCCUAAGGAGUAAUUGUUUUUUUGUCUUAUUAAGCGACAAGUUGAUAUUUUUCUAGGCCUAAGGAGUAAUAUUUUUGUCUGUUAUUAAAUGGCAAGUGGAUAUUAUGUCUGUAGGCCUAAAGAGUAACAUUUCAGUUAUUAAACAAGUAGUCAUUAGUAUUGUUUCUAUAGGCCUAGGGAGUAAUAUUUCACUCUUAUUUAGACUACAAUUAGACAUUAUGAUUUAUAUAGGCCUACACAGUCAUUUUCCUGUGUUAUUAUUUCUAUAGGCCUAGGUAACAAACUCCUUCAGCUUGUGCUAUCAAUAAAUACCAAUUUGUAUAGAACUAAAUAAUUUGUAUAUUGAAGGUGUAUUGGUGAUGUAAUUUUAAUAGCUUUCAGAGAGGGACAAUGUUCGUGUGUAGUGUUUAUAGUUACGGCCGUUCUAGUUGUUUAUAUAGAUGUGUAUGGGGGUUUAAAAUUGCCAUGAGCCAAUUUAUAUAGAUUUGUAUUGGGUUAAGUCCCCCUUAGCUCAUUGCUCUGUUAAGUCUCUAAUGUGUAUAGAGUAUUUUCAAAUGGAUUAGUAUAGUUAUUUUGUCAAUUUUAUUUCAUAUUUAUAUUGGAUUUCUCUUCUUUUCUUUAGUCAUAUACAUUUUUGGGUUGAAUUCGUUUUUUAUAUAAAUUUUUGGGUUGAAUUCGUUUUUUAUAUAAAUUUUUGGGUUGAAUUCAAUUUCUUAUAUAAAUUUUUGCGGUGAAUUAAUUUCUACAGUAUUAUGAUUCUUGGAUUGAAUUCAUUUUUUAUAUUAUUUUUGGGGGUUGAAUUCAAUUUCUUAUAUACAUUUUUGGCUUGAAUUCAAUUUGAUUAUAUGAUUUUUUUGAUCGAUAAAUAAUUUUAUAUUUGAGAAAUGUUAAAAAACUUCAUGUAUUUCCCAUUAAUUUACAAGGAGACCAAUUGACAUAUAUUUUAUAAGGCUUGUUCAGUAUAAUCUAUACAUACAUUAUAUUAUAGAACACUGACAGAAACUCUACUCAAUGACCUAUGUUUCCCUGAGGAUAAUGUCUCGGGUGCCCGUUCACAGCUGGGUGGACCAGGGGCACCUCGGGAUUGAACCACUGCUUCUCAGGUUCCAUAGGCUGGGCACUCCUAGUUGACCCAGGUGUCCAUUGGUACAGGAUUUUUGGUUUAUUAUUUAUCCAUGCAGCGAAACCUCUAUUUAAUGGACUAUAUAGAGAUGAAAGUCCAUUAUAUCAAGGGUCCGUUAGAUGUGAAACCUCCAUCUAA